UUCUUGCCCAGAACGACUGAGGAAUCCAGAAGGUCCAUGCUAUCUUCUCUACCUGGGAGCUUGAGAGGCAACAAAACCAUAUCAUGGAUCAGACAGCCAUACAUCUGGAACUUUGGUAACGCGUAUUCCUCUUGGCCCAGCUUCCAAAGCUAUUUGCCGCCCCGUCAACCCGGCAGCCCCUACAGCCGCGAAUCCAGGAAACCCUCUACCCGCAGCCCAGCUACUGAGUUUACAGUCCCCUGGCUUUGGGCUCCAAGGUGCGGGUUCCUGCCCCAAUAGUGGCUCGGUGGACGCCCCAACUUGCCGCGCAGGCGCGCUCGGGCCCUCUCCCCCUCCCCGCGCUCCUCAGCUGGGAAUCACGGGACUAGCCUUCGUUUCCUUGGCAACGCAGUACACAAGUGCUAGCCCUAGCAGCUCGCGAUGUGCUUCAGCAGAGCAGACGCUGCGGAUAACUACCCUUUUGGAACAUGUCAACAGAGGAAACUUUUUCCUCACUUCCAUCCCCCAAGUUUGAUUGGGAACAAGUUUGUCCCUCUUAGGGGAUCACCCCACAGAGGGCCUGGGUGUUAUUUUUCAGAUGGAUAUGGCUUGGCAUACGACUUAUCUAAGAUCCCAACCAGUAUAAAAGGAUAUACUUUGGGAGCCAGAACAGCUGUGAGGUUUAAGCCAAUACAGAAGGAAAUGACACCUCAUGCAGGCAUGUACCAGAAAGUAAGUCCUCAGCAGGAAAAACACAAACAAAAUUUUGCUCCAUUUAAUGUCUUGGUGCCUCGAUUUAAGAACUACCCAAAGGACACUUACUAUCCCAGCCCUGGUGCAUACAACCCAGAGAAGAAGCCACCGCCAAAAAUUGCCUGGCCAAUGAAAUUUGGAUCUCCAGACUGGGCUCAGGUUCCGUGUCUACAGAAAAGAACCCUAAAAGCUGAGCUGUCCACAGACAAAGACUUUAGAAAGCAUCGGAACCGUGUGGCCUACCUAAGCCUGUAUUAUAAUUGAGCAGCUGUGACUACCUUCACAUGCUCCUCUUAUACACAGACUCUCCAGGACUGAGGACAGAGCUGCUCUUCUUCUUCUACAUUACUGUGGCCCUCUUGUCUGGCAGCCUGGAGCCCAGGGAGGGACAAGGGCUUAUAGCUGCUGUAUGAGAACAUAAAGACUAGUGCACAGUG